CAGACCGUACGGUAUCCAGUUUCUCAAACAGGUAUCAUUCUGCACCGAUCCUCAGACCGUACCGUACGCAACAACUAAAGUGCAGAUCAAAGUAGGGCAAUGGAGAAAAAUCCCGGCAAAGUUCGCAUGGCUAUAUUAAUGUUCCUGUUGUUCCUUCCGUCUGAAGCAGCACCUGACCUACCUGUGGUAACAGUGCACCAUGGACAGGAUGCCAUUCUGCCAUGCCAGGCUGAUGAUCCCUCUAUCAUCAUUGUAGAGUGGAGCAGAGAUGAGCACAUCCUCUUUUACAGCGAUAAAGAAACAGAUACAAUCAUCCACAAUCCAUCCUAUAAGGGCAGGGUGGACCUGUCUGGCAAUGAGCUGAGUGGUGGAGACGCGUCUUUAAUUCUGAAGAAUGUGAGCAGCAUCGACACUGGAACAUACAAGUGUCGAGUUGUGUCAGGUGGUUUCAGACGUAAAAAGAGAGCCAUCAUCGACUCUGAGCCAAUCGGAACCAUCCAUCUACAGGUUACAGAGCAAGGUUCCGAUGAUAGAAACUCCUCUCCUGUAGGUCGAUACCGUGGACUGGCAGCAGGUGCUCUGCUUCUUGUAGCUGCUGCAGUGGUUGGUGUCCUGAUAUAUAAAAGACAUAAGGACAAGAGCUGAUUUUUUUCCUAUACCUAAACGACUCGUUUUGGUGCCUAAACUUUACGGUCAUUGCCGAAUGAUGCUUUAAGUCGUUUAAAAUACAUUAUACAUUAGGUAUAUUAUAUAUGAUCUAUUGGUGAAGUACUGUAGAUGAUAACUUUGAGGGGGAGAUACGUUUUGUCCCCACAGGGAUGAAAAUAAUUCAGCAGAGGCAGAGAUAUGUAGAACAGAAAAGGGGAAAUAUCUUAUAAAUAUCUUACAACCAGGUGUAAAGAGGUCUUCAACCUGUCAUCUGUGUGUUGAUCAUAUUAAUUGCACAUUUUAUAUGGUGUUUAUUUUGGAUCUUUGUUUUCUGCUCAGCCAUUUAAAGGUUCAGGGUGGCUGCUUAGAAUUAUAUAUUUCCAAUUAAUAAUUACAUUAACAUUGUAAAUAUUGUUGUUAUUGUAAUUAUAAAAUCAUCUAAUGCAGCUCAGAAUAUCUCAGGGGAACAUAGAGGACAAAUCUGUCACAAAAUCAGACAUAAAACUGUAUUUAUUAUCUACAAAGUAGAAUUACAUGAUGUUUGCCAAAGGAAAUGUUAUGAAAUGUGAACUAUACCAAAGUGAUGAUCUUUGAAAUCAGUUGAUAAUUAUUUAAUAUGAAUCAAUGGAUGAAAUAAUAAUGA